GUACGAUUGACUCAGUAGCGAUCAAAGAGUUGUGCGAGCGAAUCGCACGCGAUUCGACCGUUAAGGACUACAGCCACGUGACAUUCAAAUAGCGCAAAAAUUGAGGAGGAAGAACUCCGAAAGAGUGACGUUAUCCGCGAUAAUCGACAUUUACCGAAAGUUAUUAAAACGAAAAAAAAAGAAGUAGUGAAAUAUCGAGAAAGAGAAGCAAGUGUGGCUACGUUGUCUUUGACGGUUGAUUCAUACCCUUAUACAGUUUGGUUGUGGCAAAGGAAAACUCUUGGAGAUUUAUACUGCAGCGUAGAAAUAAUAAAAAAUUUUAACGACUCUGCUGUUCAAUCGUUUAUCGUCGAUGCCGCGAUUAUCCAGCAGCAAGUUUUGAAAAAAGAAUUUGAUAUACCCAAGAAAUAAAAACGCUGAUAAAGAACAAAGAGGAAAAUUUAUAGUACCAGCCCAACGCGUAAUAAUAACUGCUACAAACACUGUUAUAGAUAGAACAACGUGAAAUCUACCGAAUACUUUCGCAAUCAUAUCCGCGCUACUAUGUGCCAAUAAAUAAAUCUAAAACUAUGUGUACUAAUAUUGCGAAUACUUGAAGCUAUUAUAGACGCAGCAAAUUGCCAUCGAGGGAAAUUGUUCACAUUCACUCUUACAGACGUGAGUCUCCGUUGAUAUGAUAGCCGAAGCGAAAUAUUGGUGGAAGAUAUUUCACGUCAAUGAAUAUAAAUCUAUCCUCGCCGCGCUGGCCGCUCACUCCGGGCAAAUAUCGGUUGGGCUUUCCCAGGGGUUCAGCGCCGUCCUGAUUCCGAAGCUCCUCGAGUCCGGUUUCGCAACCGAGUCCGAAGCCUCCUGGGUCGCCUCCCUCGGCAUCGUUUCAAAUCCAAUCGGCGCCCUGGCCGCUGGCAUCGCGGCGGAGCUCUUCGGCCGUCGCGCCGUCGUCGCCUUGGCGACGCUCCCCCAUGCCGCUGGAUGGCUCUUCAUCGCCCUGGCGACCAACGUCCCGCUCCUCUACACCGGCCGUUUCGUCAGCGGCCUGGGCGCCGGGAUGGCCAACGGGCUGUACCUCUACGUCAGCGAGGUCGCAGCGCCUGAACAACGCGGUUGGCUGGCGAGUUCCGGGCCGGCGGUCGUCUCCCUUGGAGUCCUGAUGGCCUACAGUCUGGGUGCCUUGACCACGUGGCAAAGGGCUGCUGCGAUCAGUAUCGCCCCAGCGAUUGUGUCGCUUGCUCUGGUGAGACUCCUUCCGGAAACGCCGGCCUGGUUAGCAGCGAAGGGUCGAACGGCCGACGCGAGAAAGUCGUUGCUGUGGCUGAGGGGUCCGGGGGUUUUGACGGAAGCGGAACACAGCGAGCUCUGCAAGUCUAACGUGGAGAAUCAGCGAAGGGCAGGAGGCGGCCUCCUGAAGGCGCUCUACAAGCCGAACGUGUGGAAACCGUUUCUGACCUUAUUCUUCUUCUUCGCCCUCCAACAGUUGUCAGGAAUAUACGUGAUCCUCUUCUACGCGGUCACGGUCCUCCAAGACAUCGGCGUGAGCAUUGACGAGUAUGCGGCGAGCGUCGCGAUCGGGGGAGUCCGGCUCUUCUCGGCGAUACUUGGCGCGGGCCUCGCCAGGUCCGUGGGGCGAAAGAAGCUCGCCUGCGUCAGCGGCCUGGGAAUGGCGGUGUUCGCCGCAGGCGUCGCCCUUUCGAUGAGGUACGCCAUGCCCUCCUGGGUCCCCCUGAUGUGCAUCGGGGGCCACGUUGGUUUUUCAAUGAUCGGCUACCUCACACUGCCUUGGGUGAUGACCUCGGAGCUUUACCUGCUCCGUUUCCGGGGUCCUCUGAGUGGCCUGACGACGGGACUCGCCCAGAUGAUGACCUUCGCUGCUGUCAAGACGUACCCCGACUUGCGGACAGCGAUUGGCCUUGAGAUGACCAUGUGGAUAUUCAGCACUUCGGGACUAAUCGGUGCGAUAUUUGCGAUGACGAUAUUGCCCGAAACGAAGGGUCGAAGUCUUAAUCAAAUCGAGAACGAAUUCGCCAAGAACACCCAAUCCGAGGUAACCACCGUCGAUGUGCAAUCUCGGAUAAGAAACAACAGCCUUCCGAGGUUCAGGUCCGUUUCCGAGGACAGAUCACACGGUGAUCCCGUCGGUAUUCAAAGUAGCGCCCACUGGAGGAACGUCUUUGCGUAUGACAAUCUCGGGCUCGACGUCACCCUUGAUAAUCCUAAGAAAAUCAAGGAGGAACAUGGGAAAGUUCAAUCUAUCUUGGACAGUGGUGAGCCCAGUAACCGAAAGAUAUCGGUAGAAGGUGGGCAGGUCAACGCAGCUUCCAGCUACGAGCAUGUCUACGUAUGACAGAAAAAAUUUACCAUGUGAUCUCGUCUCAUUGUCAACAUUUUACCACCGCGCACAUUAAUCGUGGUGUUUAUCCACUUGCAUAAUAUCGUACGCAGUUUGUAGCCUAUAUCUUUUAGGUUUUUCACCACGGGCUGCGGAAAUACUUGUAAGAAUUUUUCUAGAUGCAACAGGGUUGCCCGCUCAAGCAUCGUCGGACAUUCUCCUUGAGCAUAUAGAUCUAUACUGUCCUUGUGGAACAAAAAGUUCUGUACGAUAAGAGAUUUUAUUCGUCACGUGAUCCGCAACGUUUGGCGUGGUAAUAAUUUUUGAUUACAGAAAGAAACCUAGCGUUUGACUUUUAACGGAACGAUACGAUUAUUUUCACGGAAAUAUUGACAACCGCCACUCUCGAAUUUUACUACAAAAAUACAAAGACCGUCAAGUAAUUUUAAUAUGCAGUAAUGUUGACCGCCGAUCAUUGAAACGACCCGUUCGUGGAAUCCUGUUAAUUUUUUAGCUGAUCAGUAUUAGGUAAGAAUGAAAUGAAUAAAUAUACAAUUAAGUGUUUCGUAUACAUAUUGAUGUGUACAGAGUACCCUUACUAGGUAUGUAUACCUACACUUGGGAACAGUUUGUCGUCCAUAAGGAAUCCAAUUGGUAUUCGGAAUAUUUAUUUGUUAUCGUUAAAUUGUUAUAACUUAUUUAUAUAUGGUAUAUGAUGCAUCACGGCAAUUGGGCGUGAAUAUGCGCAACAUAUAAGAGUUGAUUUAAAUUAGUAUAUUUACUUUGAAUCUGAAACGUAGAUAUAUUUGUCACAAGUGAUACCUAGCAUAAGUGCAUAAAUAUAAUUUAUUAAACUCUUAUCUCAAUACUUA